AUGUUGAUUGGAAACGUAGCAGGACAUGACAUUGUCGUUCAAAACGAAGUAAACGACGAAGAUAUUCGAGACAAUGUGUUGGCUGAAGAACGGAAUGUAACCGUUGAAGCAGGCGUAGCAGGCCUUGAAAUUUACGCGCAUCAUACAAACGAUAAAGAGAACGAACAACAAUCCGAGGUGGAUAUGAAACCACACUUUGCACAAAUUCAAUUAUCUGCUGACGAUGAGAUGGAAUUCGAUCAUUUGUUCAACGAAGAUGCUAUUGAUCCAUUACGUGACCAAAAUGAAAUUGUUGACCAUGAAGAUACAAAUGAAAUUGGCAAUGAUAACGGUAUGGUUCAACAUGAUGUAAUGGGUGCAUCGCAAAACAUGUCACACGAAAGUAGCGAAGAUACAAACGGCAACGACGUGCAAAAUGGUGAAAUUGGUGCAUCGCAAAACGGUUCUCAAGAAAAUGGCAAUGAUAUUCGUCAAGAAUCGGAAACAUGUGGUGAAGUUCAGGAGAACAAUAACGGACCCGUUGAACAUGGAAUCGUCGAAAAAUCUACAACAGUAAAACUUGACGAUGAUAUCGAAGUUACAUUUGUUUCUCCUGCUCAUUUUCAACCAAUUGUGAUUAAGAACGGCUAUGAGAUCAAGGCAAACGAUAUGUUGUCAAACAACAUUCCAUUUAAAAGAAAUGAUAAAGGUGACCGCGCUUUCCAAAUAAGAACGCAAAACGGAUUAGAAGAAAUUACAUUGUCGGCACGUGCAGUAAAUGGUUUGAUAAAACUAAACGAGAAUCGGGAUGACGAAGGAAAGGACAAAACAUUUUUGAAGGCUCUGCUCAUUGGGAUCUACACGUUGAAGCGAAUCAAAGAGUCAACGGUUGAAACCAUUGACCGUGGUGUUCUGGAAUUUGUAAAAGAUUUGUUUGCGUUCCGCGUGUCCAAUGAUCCAGAAGGAACUCGUUUGGGAACGUUUGAAGAUGUGGUGAACCAAAUUUGCGACGAAAUUCGAAGCAAUCUUUUGUGA